UGAACGUGCAUCGUUAGCGCGUGGAGAUCUGCCUCGACCCGCAGCGGUGAGGUGUAUAUUUAUGGCCUGCGCGGCUCCAGAAUCUCAGUAUUUGAAUAAAUACUCGCUCGUACCUCACGCCCAUACUGCAACCCAUCAUGAACAACGAUAACCCCCAAGGCGAGAACUGGAACAACGGCCCCAACAACUUCGGCGGCAACCCAGGCCAGGGAGGUCCUGGCGACUUCCAAGGUCAGGGAUUCCAGGACCCGAACCUUCAAGGUCAAGGAGGAGGUCCCAGAGGCCAAGGCUUCGGCUUUCAAGACCAAGGCUUCCAAGGCCAGGGAGGCAACUUCGAUAACAACUCCGGCGGAGGACCAGGUAACUUUGGCGGUCCUGGCCCGCAGGGCGGUGACUUCCAGGGAGGCGGAGGUUUUGGACAGGGAAACUUCCCCGGCGGUCCUGGCGGCCCUGGAGGAAAGCCCUCGUUGGGUCAGCGCAUCGAGGGCGAUGUUGAGGAAGUGGCAGGGAAGGUCACCCGCGAUCCGAACCUAGUGCAGCGCGGUGAGGAGAAGAAGGAUGGCUGGUGAAUGCGUCACGCAUUCAUGAAUACCAGGCGAAUCCCUGUAUGAUUUCACGGAUUAUAUGACGGGCCCGAGCUCUCAGCUAUCGCUUGUUGUACGAUACUGUGUGACCUUGGAUACGAUGGAAAUGAGUGGCUCUCUGGAACGGGGUUUUGUCCGAGCAAUCGAGGAGCUCUCAUAGCUCACGUAGUUUGCGAUGGACUCGAUUGCUUCAGAAUCAGAGUCUGCGGAUUUCCAAACUGCCCCAGCGGUUUUAUCAACGGCUAUUGAAGCU